AAAUAUAAUAAAAAGAAAAGUCUAAUGAAUAUAAUGAUGAAUGUUAAAAUAUGAAAUAGUAAGGAAACCUGUGAAUUACAUACAGGUUGAUGCAAUAAAAAUUGAUUCAGUAAUGACUUUAAUAUCAAAUGAGCACUCAUAUCGACACACUCGAAGAUACAACACUGGAAGAUACAUUCGACUUCAGAAAAGGAAUCAGGUAACACUUAUGCACUCAGUAAUACGUAAUGAUUACAUUUCACCAGAAUCAUUAUGCUAUAACUUCAAUUUAAUAUCUUUUUAAGGACCAUUGCAUAAUAUGACAUGAGCACAGAGUGUACACAAAUAAUAUAUAAAUAUAUGUGCAUAUUCUUAAUCUACUUUUGCAUUUAUUCUUAGGAAUUACAUGAGAAUUUCGCGAGAAUUAAAAGUUACUGUGAUUUGCGAGCUUUUGUAUUGUAUAUUACUAAAAUUAAUGUGUAUCGUUAAGGAAAUAAUGAAGACGUCGUAAAGUCGUUCGGGUUUUCGAAAUCGCGCCGAUUACGACAAAAGAUGCGUUCGGGGAGACGCUGUUAGCGCUGUGCAGUUCUGGGUGUUCACGGAACUUGCAAACGCUAACGCCACCAUUACGUUACCUCGGAAGCAGUGAUGCCAAUGACGUCGAGUCAGCCGAGGACGGCCGAAGCUAUGUUCAUGGACACGCGGCGCUUGUGUGCGUAUUGGCUCGGUACCCUCAUUGGCAUCACUGGAUAGAUUUUUAUUUUUCAGUAGCACAACCGAAGAUAGUUCGGGAGAAUUCACUUGAAUGAAGAAGAAAACAAACGUCAUUUGAUCUGUCGAUCGUCGAUCUCAGUUUUGGUUAUUUAAUACCCGCUUGAGAGCUGAUAUAAUCUACAAGUUCUCUGCGAAAAUGGCUCUGGCGAUGAACCUCGGUAGGCUGUCAAAUCAGUCAUUGUUGCGGAAUAAAGGAUAUCUGUACAACGCUGUGAGAUGUGGUUCCGAUGAUACACCGCCGCCAUGGAAUUACCUCUGGCAACCAGGCAAAUAUUCAAAGAAAGACCAUGAUAAAAUUGCCGAAAAGUACCACCUACAUCCAAAAGAAUACAAACCUCUACCUGAGAGUGCUUGCAUGGGUGAUUAUCCAGAUUUGCCUAUGAUAGGACCAGGUGCUAAAGACCCGUACUAUCCUUAUGACUUGCCAGUUUAUAAGAAAAAUUAUCACGAAACGUUGCACCACAAAUUUGAUAUUAUGACCGAGAUGCAUUAUGAUUUUGGCUACAAACAUAGAUUUGAACCACAUAUCGGAGCGCUAAUAUGUAUUACUUUCAUGGCUGCUUUUGCACUAGUAUUUUAUAUUGGGCACAAAUACCCUACCUUCGUACCAGUAAUGGAAAAGCAGUAUCCAUACAAAGGUCAAGUACAUUAUACAUUUGAACCAGCAGAUGAAAAAUAAAUAUAACACACCUGUAUCAAAGAUACAUUUCAGUGUAUGAAGCAAUUGUAAUAUAUGAAUACAUAGUAUGUUAUAAUAACA